AUGGAACAUGGCCAUUCAAAGGGUACAACCAAUUUGCAGGGCAUAUUCAAAAGCUUUGCUUGUAUAGGGGGAAACAAUCAGCCGAAGCAGUUCAAUCCGCCACCAUUGGCGGAGGCUCUUCUUCAACCCGCCACCAUCGGCGGAAGCCCGCCACCACUGGCGGAGGCUCUUCUUCAACCCGACACCUUCGGCGGACGCCCGCCACCUCGGGCGGAGGCCCUUCUUCAACCCGCCACCAUCGGCGGAAGCCCGCCACCACUGGCGGAGGCUCUUCUUCAACCCGACACCUUCGGCGGACGCCCGCCACCUCGGGCGGAGGCCCUUCUUCAACCCGCCACCAUCGGCGGAAGCCCGCCACCACUGGCGGAGGCUCUUCUUCAACCCGACACCUUCGGCGGACGCCCGCCACCUCGGGCGGAGGCUCUUCUUCAACCCGCCACCUUUGGCGGAUGCCCGCCACCACGGGCGGAGGCUUUUCUUCAACCUGCCACCUUCGGCGGAAGCUCAUAUCCACCCGCCCCUCCGGAAGAGGCUUUUAUUUAA